GCGUCAGCAGCGCUGAAUGCGGAAGUGCAAAGAGGCGGCGGAGAAACAGCAAACAGACAGACAGACAGACAGACAGACAGACAGACAGACAGUUUAAUAACUGAAAUAACUGUAAUAACAGCGCGGAUAUGGACGACACGCUCUUCCAGCUGAAGUUCACUGCAAAGCAGCUGGAAAGACUGGCUAAGAAAGCAGAAAAGGACUCGAAGGCAGAGCAGGCUAAGGUUAAAAAGGCUCUGCAGCAGAAGAAUGUGGACUGUGCACGUGUGUACGCAGAAAACGCCAUCCGUAAGAAGAACGAAGGCAUAAACUGGCUCCGCAUGGCGUCCCGCGUCGACGCCGUGGCCUCUAAAGUCCAGACCGCCGUCACCAUGAAAGGGGUGACGAAGAACAUGACCCAGGUGACUAAAGCUCUGGAUAAAGCUCUGAACUCUAUGGACCUGCAGAAGGUCUCGGCCGUCAUGGACAAGUUUGAGAGUCAGGUUCAGAAUCUGGACGUCCACACUUCGGUGAUGGAGGAUUCGAUGAGUUCGGCCACCACGCUGACGACGCCGCAGGAGCAGGUGGAUGAUCUGAUCCUGCAGAUAGCGGAGGAGAGCGGGCUGGAGGUGAUGGACCAGCUGAACCAGCUGCCCGCUGGAGCCGCCUCGCUGGGGGAGACGUCCACACGCUCGCAGGAGAAAGAGGACCAGCUCUCACGCAGACUGGCAGCUCUGCGGAACUGAGCGUGACUGCUGUGUUCUCAGGGAGCUGGAGAGUGACCUGCUGUUUCACGGCCAGGCUGGAGGGGGCGCUGCUCAGUCCAACUUCAGUCACUCUGGGGAUCCGACACGGCCGAUUGAUUUAUCCCCAAAUCUAUUUAUACACAGAUGCACUCUCACAGCUGCCAACAAUGCUGCCCCCCCCACAGACACACACACACACACACACACACACACAAACACACACACACACACACAGAAACACACACACACACACACACACACACUUUCUGCUGAAAACAAUCUGCCCCCUUUUUGGCUUUACAUAGCUCUCUCUCUCUCUCUCUCUCUCUCUCUCUCUCUCUGUCUCUCUGUCUCUCUCUCUCUCUGUGUCUCUCUCUUUCUUUCAGUGUCUCUCAGCCUCAAGUGGCUUCCUCAGUCAGCUCUGAUUAUUUGGGUGAAUAUUAAUCAGUUGAAGGACUGUUUUUAUGUUUUCUGUGUGAAAUGCUCGCCUGCUUUGGUUUAGACUACUGAAGCGACUGUAGGGGGGGGGGUUUCUCUCCGCGCUCUGAUUGGCUGGUGGGUUCUGGUGUCUCCUCUGGGCUGUUCACGUCUGAGGGUCAGACUGUGACAGGAAGCAGCUGUACAGCUGUACCUACGACACGUUUUGAUUAGUUUUUAUUUUGAAUCGACUCUGUGUGAAUAUUGUAAAGCCGUGUUAAUAACACUAACAGAUCGUACUGUACUGUUGCUGCCGUUCCGCCUCCACAUGAUACUCAUACGGCAUCCAGCUGUGCACGACGCGUCUUUCACUGAAAGCUCUGUGUUGACGUUAAUAGACUCCACCACCUGUAAAGCCACCUUAAAGCGAUAGUUCUCAAAGUUAAAGUCCCCCAGUUUCUCUCUAGUCAAUCAGCCAUCUUUAGUGUUAGCGCUGGAGCUACGAGGCUAAUGUAGCUAACAAAUAACAGAAGAUUAAACUCCACCAAUUAGCGUGGCGCUAACUGCAUGGACAAAAGUACAAAGCGAACUCCAGCUUUAAGAGGCUGCUAUUACUGCUCAGAGCUAUACGACGUGCUUUUGAUCGUUAGCCGCAUGCUAAUUGGUGGGUAUAGGCUUCCAUUACUUAUUAGCUACGUUAGCUUCGUAGCUCCAGUGCUAAAUCUAAAGAAUGUCUCUGCUUAAUAGCCACAUUUGGGUAAAGGGGAAAACUGGGAAACUGGGAUUUUUAUGGCUGAACUGUCGCUUUAAUUGGUGUUUGUGUUUUUUUGUUUUGCUUGUUUAAAUUUGCUUUUCUGCCUUACUGCACCGCAGCUGCUGCGUAGGUGCUCUUCAUACUCCUCCUCUUCUUCAGUGCCUCAGUCGGAGGCAGUGAGACGUUCGCGCCCGCAGAGAAACGCAGCUGUAGCGUCCAGUCUGCCACGCUGUUGCAUCGUGGGUGAUCUGGGCGCGCUGUUAUCCGUUACGCUCGGCCGUGUGCAGCGUCUCGCUGUUCACUUCAUGCUGUUGAUUUGUUUUUUCUUCUGUUUGAAAUGGGAAGGUUAUUUAUACUGGUGAUCAACUGGCAGCGCUUUUCUUUUGUAUAUUUAUCUUGUCAAAAUAAAAGCCCUCUGAUGAAUAGUA